AUGUCCAGUGAGCAAGUCAAUGAAAAUAAUGGACCACCAAUGCUUGCAGUUAUACUUUUUCUGGUAUUAAAAUUUGUUAUACUUGCACCAAAGAAGCAGAGUAUCAUCACGACAACAUUAUCAUCAUCAAUGGGAACGUCACCAUCACCAACAACAACAACAACUGCAACUACAACUCAGCAAUUAGGUUCAAUCAAUGUUGGCAGCAUGAAUCAAGCAAGACAAGGACACACAGGAACCUUAUUAACAAAUGGAAAAAUGCUAGUCACUGGUGGGGGCAAUUAUGUUGCUCUACAUAGUGCCGAAUUGUAUGAUCCAUCAACAGGAACUUGGACAACUACUGGUAGCAUGAAACAUCAACGACGUGGGCAACACACAGCGGUCUUAUUAACAAAUGGAAAAGUUACCGAAUUGUAUGAUCCAUCAAAAGGAACUUGGACAAGCACCAAUGAUAUGCAUAGUAAACGAAUGGAGCACACAGCAUCCUUAUUAACAAAUGGAAAAGUGUUAGUUGUUGGUGGACUUGGUUCUGGUAUUAUUCUAGACAGUGCCGAAUUUGCUGAGUUGUAUGACCUAUCAACAGGAACUUGGAUAACUACUGGUAACAUGAAUAGUCAACGAGUGAAACACACAGCAUCCGUAUUGACAAAUGGAAAAGUGUUAGUUGCUGGCGGAGAAAAUGAGGAAGAUAGCUCCCCAAAUAGUAGUGCUGAGUUGUAUGAUCCAUCAACUGGAAAUUGGACAACCACUGACAACAUAGAUGAGGCACGAUAUGAUCACACAGCGUCCAUAUUGAGAAAUGGAAAAGUGUUAGUUACUGGCGGAGGAACUUUUCGUGUUUUUUUUAGGAGUGCCGAAUUGUAUGAUCCAUUAACAGGAACUUGGACAACUACUGGUAGCAUGAAUAUUCAACGAACGAAGCACACAGCAUCUGUAUUAACAAACGGAAAAGUGUUAGUUGCCGGUGGAGAGAAUAAAAAUGAUUUCCUUAACAGUGCUGAGUUGUAUGACCUAUCAACAGGAACUUGGAUAACUAACGGUAGCAUGAAUAAUCAACAAGAGGAGCACAUAGCAUCCGUAUUAACAAAUGGAAAAGUGUUAGGCACUGGUGAAUGGUCAAAUGUUAGUGUGGUUUGA